CAAAACAAAGUGUCGCAGCCUAAUUCAUUCUUCUCUUUUAACACAUUCUUGUACCAAGAAAACAAAACUAGCCAAACCCCUUAUCAAAAUGUGUUCUUCCAAAUCUAAACAACAAAGAGGGAUUGUUGAUAUUUCACCUCAAACAAUCUCUCAUAUCAAUGGACGCCCUGUUUUUCAACCAUAUAGCAAUAGAGAUCCUCUCUUGGAACGCCACAAUUUCCUUAAAAACUCACCUUCCAAAACUUCUCCUACUGCAACAACUCAUACUUAUGUCAAGAUAAAAAAUAACAAUAGUAUUGUCAAAGUCAAAAUUUCAGCAACAACUCCUCCUAUUUCACCUAAAAUCAAGAGAGUGGGUGAUUCUAACAUCUUGAAUAUAAAUACUGAGAAAAUUGUGACACCAAAAAGCAAUGCUAAAUCCACUAAAUAUGUGAAGAAUUCUUCUUCCUUUAAGAUUCUUGAGGUUCCGGGAAGCAUAGCAGCAGCAAGAAGGGAGCAAGUAGCAAUGAUGCAAGUGCAAAGAAAGAUGAAAACUGCACAUUAUGGUAGAACAAAUUCUGCUAAAUAUGAAAAUAGAGUCAGUCCUCUUGACUCUUCCAAUAGUUCAAGUCCUCGAGAGGGCAAAAGAUGCAGCUUUAUCACACCUAAUUCUGACCCUGUCUAUAUUGCAUACCAUGAUGAGGAAUGGGGAGUUCCUGUCUUUGAUGAUAAUCUGCUAUUUGAAUUGUUGGUAUUAACUGUUGCUCAAGUUGGAUCAGACUGGACUUCAGUGCUAAAGAAAAGGCAAGAUUUCAGGGAUGCCUUUUCAGGAUUUGAUCCAGAAAUUGUUGCAAAAUACAACGAAAAGAAGAUAAAUUCAACAAGUGCUGAUUAUGGCAUAGAGCUAAGCCAAGUCCGAGGGGUUGUCGACAACUCUAAAAGAAUUCUAGAGAUCAAGAAACAAUUUGGAUCGUUCGACAAGUAUCUGUGGGGAUUCGUGAACAACAAGCCCAUCGCGACACAAUACAAGGCAUGUAACAAAAUCCCAAUAAAGACCUCAAAAUCAGAAACAAUGAGCAAAGAUAUGGUGAAAAGAGGGUUCAGAUAUGUUGGCCCCUCUGUUAUAUAUUCCUUUAUGCAGGCAGCUGGUCUUACUAAUGACCACCUUAUUACCUGCCCACGACAUCUCCAAUGUGCUGCCCUCGCAACUCAACCACUUAUUGUUCAAUGAAAAUUUGACCUACUAACUUCAGAAAAUAUAUUGUCUAGUUUAUAAGCCAUUGACUUAACUAGUAGUGAUCAAUAAGUUGGUAAAGCAACUAGCUGAUUGUAAUACAUAUACCCUUAAUUAUUAGUUUUUUCUUUUCCUCAAAGUCCUGUUUCUUUUGUGAGUAUUUUAGAGGCGUGGGAAGUGAUAUAGUUUGAUGAUGGAAUCUUUAGUAGGCGUUUGUACAGUAUCUAGUUGAUGUAGUUGUAAAAAAGAGUAUUUGAAAUUGAUGUCGAAAGAGUGUAUUUGGAUGUU